GCCAGCCGCUGUUCUUUGUUUUGUACCCUAUGUGCUGACCUGCACCGCUCAGCAAGGAGCCGAGGACGUCCUAACUGGUGAGCCCCGCCAAACGUGCUUCCGGCCAACACUCGUCGAGAGAGGAACAUUUCUUCCGAAGGAAAGAGGCAAAAGAAACGCAAAAUGAGCAAACAAGUGAUCGUGAGCCCGGACUCAAUCCCAGAUGAGACGAAUGGGUUGGAUUUGCUGACAUGGCUGAAUAGUCUUCUGAAAACCAAUUUCCUGGAGAUAGAGCACAUUUCUUCAGGCGCGUGUCACUGCCAGAUCAUGGAUUGCGUCAUCCCAGGCUCAAUCGAAAUGAGCAAAGUGAAGUUUGAUGCACAAUCUGAGUUUGACUGCAAGCACAACUUCAGUCUCCUCCAAGAGGCCUUCACCAAGAACCACAUCACAAAGAGCAUUCCAGCUGACGAACUCAUCAAAGGGGACUUUGAAAUAAACUUGGAGUUCCUGUCUUGGUUUAAAGCCUUCUACACAGCCAAUGUGACGGACAAAGAAUACGAUGCUGAGACCGCCAGAAACAACUGUGACAUCAGCCUGUAUCCGCCACCUAAACCCGCUAAAAAAAGCAUAAGGAAACUGUCCUCUUCCACCGACGACUGUGAACCCGAGCCGCUAGCCAAUGGCAAGGAGGUAAAGGGAAAGUGCAUCACAGACAAUGGAGUGAAGAAGAUGCGUCAGCGAAGCUGGCAAGGGCGAACCAGGCAGAAGGUCGCACCUAGGAAGAAAAUGAAGCCAAAAACAAAACAGGACCUGGGAAAUGCAGAUGAUGACUCCCUGUUUGACAGUGAAUGCUCGAUAGAGAGCAAUGGCGGGCACAUGUCAGACAGCCCCGAUAGCCAAACAGUACCGCAAGCUGACACAGUUACGGAACCGAAGGAACAGUAUACAAAGUAUAUAAAGCCAUGCCACGUCGCCCUAACCAAGUUAAAAGACCUGACCAUAAACGACAGCCUGCUUGUAGAGACCAGCGACUCUGACGAAAGGGUGGAAAACACACCAAACAAAUAUACAGCGCACAAAGGACGACGGAAAGCCAAUUACCAGGAUGGGAACGGCUUUUUGACUGGAGAGCUCAUAUGGGGGAAGAUAGAGGGUUUCUCUUGGUGGCCCGGUUUGGUGAUUCCUUGGAAAACCAAAUUUUCACCUCCAGGUGUACGAAGGGUUGAAUGGUUUGGCGAUGGAACCUUCUCAAAGAUUGCGACGGAAGCUUUGAUGCCUUUUCGGAAGUUCACGAAAUGUUUCUGCAAAAACUCAUAUGCCAGCCUGCCCACUUAUAAGGCCGCCAUCUUCCAAGUCAUAGAGCUUGCAAGUGAACGUGCUGAGAAGUCUUUUGAGGAGGCAAAAGGAGAUAAAGAAAAAGAAGUGAAUCUGAUGCUGGACUGGGCAGUGAAAGGAUUUCUACCAUCAGGGCCGCAGGGAUUUGCACCACCUGUUAGUCAGGAAGCUGGCCAAUUGUCCAAUUCAGACUCAGCUCAGUCCGACUACCAGCCACCAGUGAAAAAGAAACAAGUUUAUAAGAGUCGGGCAAGCACAUGCAACUACAUCUUUACAAGAGACACUUUAAUUGAGAGGCUUAAAGACAAGGGCACAAAAAUUGAAGAUUGUUGCUUGGCUUGCGGGUCGCCUGACGUUGCUGUGCAGCACCCAUUGUUCGAAGGCGGUCUUUGUUUCAAGUGCAAGGAGAACUUCACAGAAACAUUGUAUCGCUACGACGAAGACGGCUACCAGUCGUACUGCACCGUGUGCUGUGGCGGCUCGGAGGUCAUUCUUUGUGGCAACGCCAGCUGUUGCAGAUGUUUCUGUAAGGAGUGCGUGGAGAUCCUGGUGGGACGGGGAACCUUUCGUGAGCUGAAGGAUAUUGACCCGUGGAGCUGCUACAUUUGCCAGCCAACGCAGUGCCAGGGAAAGCUAAAACUCAGGCCUGACUGGAGCGUUAAAGUCCAAGACUUUUUUGCUAACAACAGCGCCAUGGAAUUUGAGCCUCACAGAAUCUACCCGGCCAUCCCCGCAGAUAGACGCAAGCCCUUGAAGGUUCUGUCGCUCUUUGAUGGCAUCGCAACAGGAUACCUGGUGCUAAAAGACCUUGGCUUGAAAGUGGAUCGCUACAUUGCCUCCGAGAUUUGUGAGGAUUCCAUCGCGGUGGGUAUGAUCAAGCACGCUGGCAAGAUCGAAUACAUCAACGACGUCCGGACCAUCACAAGAAAACAUCUUGCUGAAUGGGGGCCUUUUGACGUGCUGAUUGGAGGAAGUCCUUGUAAUGACCUCUCCAUGGUCAAUCCCCUGCGGAAAGGAUUGUUUGAGGGCACCGGAAGGCUGUUCUUUGAAUUCUACCGUAUUUUGACGCUGCUGAAACCGAAGGAGGGUGACGACCGACCUUUCUUCUGGCUCUUCGAAAAUGUGGUCUUCAUGUCCAGCAGAGACAAGACGGACAUCUGCAGAUUCCUAGAGUGCAAUCCAAUAAUCAUCGAUGCCGUAACUGUCAGCCCUGCACAUCGAGCUCGCUACUUCUGGGGAAACCUCCCGGGCAUGAAUAGGCCGGUGGCUGCAUCCCUGGCUCAAAAAGUAAAUCUUCAGGAUUGUUUGGAAGUUGGGCGUGUAGCAAAGCUCGACAAGGUGCGAACCAUCACUACAAAAACAAACUCCAUGGUUCAAGGGAAAGUGGGACUUCCUGUCAUCAUGAACGGCAAAGAUGACUACCUGUGGUGUACCGAAAUGGAGCAGAUUUUUGGCUUCCCUAAACAUUACACAGACGUAAACAACAUGGGCCGCCUGCAACGCCAGAGGGUCCUGGGGCGUUCCUGGAGCGUCGCCGUCAUUCGCCACCUGAUGGCGCCACUCAAAGAUUAUUUUGAAUGUGAAUCGCACCAGCAAAGUUCGUAAGGCCGCAAACGCAUCAAUACCGUUUCGGGACUAGAAACCGCACUAUACGUGCCUUGCGAUUGGCUGCCCACUGGUCACUCUUGCAAUCUUACUAAAGAGAAAAAGAUAGAUGGAUAUACUUUUUUUUAAAAUUGUUUUUAAUGUCACAACUUAUGGUUACUUAGGUUAAAGGGAAGUGUGUAAUAACAAAACAACUUUUUUUGUUAUAUUGCAAAACUGCCGUCGUGGUCAGAAGGCGUGACUGUGAGCUACCGAGCGUUAGAGUUAACAUAAGUUUCCCGUUGGUAGUUUACUAGGGAAAAAUUAUGACAAAAAUGGUUUGUUUUCUACCUUUUUAAAUCCCAAACUCCCAAUUUAAAUGGUGCUACAAUCUACUGUAUGAUGUCACAAACAGCACAACAGACCUACAUUGCCGUCAAGUAUUUUUAGGCCAUCAGCAGACAGCUUUUAAAUAGAGUGAGCACACUGACACACAGUUAAGAUUAUGGCUGCUGCAUAAAAAUGUUUACAAUGCUACGAGCUUGUUUUAAUACCUCAGUGAAAUCUGAGCGUGUCCUCCAGAGCCAGAGACAGCUGUUACAUUACAAUAUAAGAACUUGCACCUACCAAGAGAACGUUUCUGACCAAAAAGUUACCGAAACGACCAAAGGGUGAUUUCUGCAAACAUUCUGUAUCUUGAUAGUAUGUCAAAUGUCGGUCGCUAGUCUUGCCAAAAUAGGAUUUGUUUAUUGGCACAGGCUGCUGGUCUCUACCUCAAUUCUUCAGUUAUUCUUUCAUUUUGAUAGUUUCUAUUUAACUUAUAAAUAGGAGAAAAGUGUUUUUUUUUUUUAGAUAGCUGACAUUAAUCAUCCGUGAUGUCGUAUCAACCAUCGUGAACGUGAUGAUGAAAAUGCAAUAUACUGGUGCUGGAUUUUUUGGGAUGCAAACCCACUUUUUAAACUUCUUUUAAUCUUGAUGAUUUUUAUGAUGAAUGUGUUGAUUUGUUAUGUUUCAAUGUGUGAACUGUUCCACUGUGUUUUUAAAGAGUGUCUAGUGUGCCUCCAUGUUACUGGAUCACUUGCUGCUUUUGUGAAGCAUUCGACUGUGACUGGAAGUUGCCUAAAUGUUGCUGCCUUAAUAAAGAAUAACAUACUGUGACACA